GUUUUGAAGCUGGUAAUGUCCCCGGCGGCGGAGAGGCUGCGCUACAUCCUGGGUGAAGAUGACGACACGCCGACGCCCACUCUGUUUACGGAGAUGGACACGCUGCAACAUGAUGGAGACGAGAUGGAGUGGAAAGAGUCUGCGAGGUGGGUGAAGUUUGAAGAGAAGGUGGAGGAGGGAGGAGAGAGGUGGAGCAAGCCCCAUGUGUCCACCCUGACCCUCCACAGUCUGUUUGAGCUGAGGACCUGUAUCCAGACUGGCAGUGUGCUGCUGGAUCUGGAGGGAUACUCCCUGCCACAGAUAGUGGAUGACAUCGUGGAUCGCCAGGUGGCAGACGGUCUGAUUGGUCCAGAACUGAGGGAGAAGGUCAGCUUUGUGUUGCUACGGAAACAUCGCCACCAGCAUAAGAAACCCAUCCACCUCUCGCUAGCCGACAUGGGCAAAUCAAACAAUUCCCCCACCAGCCGUAGUCCCCAUCGCUUUCCUAGUUCAGCCUCUGGCCUCCAUCACUCUACAGAGGACUUACGAGCCAAGUCAGGCAGCCUUGGCCGCCUGCAUCCCGCGCAAAGCCGAAGCAUGAACGACAUUUCAGACAAGCCAAGCACAGACCAGAUGAAAAAUAAGUUCAUGAAGAAGAUUCCUCGUGAUGCAGAGGCGUCCAACGUUCUGAUUGGAGAAGUGGACUUCCUGGAUAAACCAUUUGUAGCGUUCGUACGUCUGGCCCAGGCUACCACACUGGGAGGCCUGACCGAGGUCCCCGUACCUACCAGGUUUCUGUUUGUCCUGCUGGGUCCUCAUGGCAAAGGCAAGUCCUACAACGAGAUUGGCCGAGCUAUCGCCACGCUCAUGGUGGAUGACUUGUUCAGUGACGUUGCGUAUAAAGCCCGGGACCGUGACGACCUGAUCGCGGGGAUUGAUGAGUUUCUGGAUGAGGUCAUCGUUCUGCCCCCAGGGGAGUGGGACCCCAAAAUACGCAUUGAGCCCCCCAAGAAGGUCCCCUCUGCUGACAUGAGGAAGUCUGUGCUGAACCUGAACGAGCUAGGCCAGGUGAACGGGACCGGGACGGCUGGGGGGCCAGGAGGAGGAGAGGACGAGGAGAUGCCCACCCCCCACGAACUGGGAGAGGAACUGCAAUUCACUGGCAGGUUCUGUGGAGGCCUGUGGCUGGACAUUAAGAGGAAGGUUCCGUGGAUCCUUAGUGAUUUCUCCCAGGGCUUUCACAUCCAGUCCAUCUCUGCUGUUCUGUUCAUCUACCUGGGCUGCAUCACCAACGCCAUCACCUUCGGAGGCCUGCUGGGGGACGCCACAGACAACUACCAGGGUGUGAUGGAGAGUUUCCUGGGUACAGCGUUAGCAGGGACAGUGUUCUGUCUGUUAGGAGGUCAGCCCCUCAUCAUUCUCAGUUCUACUGGACCCAUCCUCAUCUUCGAGAAACUGCUCUAUGAGUUCUGCAAGUCUAACACUAUAGACUACAUGGAGCUGCGUCUGUGGAUUGGUCUCCACUCCUGUCUGCAGUGUCUGAUCCUGGUCGCCACGGACGCCAGUUACAUCAUCAAAUACAUCACCCGCUUCACCGAGGAGGGCUUCUCCAGCCUCAUCUCUUUCAUCUUCAUCUCCGACGCCAUCAAGAAGAUGGUGGGCUCCUUUAAGUACUACCCCAUCAACCGUGUCUUCAAGCCCGACUACGUUACCACAUACAGGUGUGAAUGUAUCGCACCUGACCAGGCUGCUGCGAUGGCUUUUAAUGUUUCAGUUCCACUAGCGGACGAUAACAUGACUGAUUUGGUAAGUGGCUCGGGAUAUAACUUAACAGGUCUGGACUGGAGUCAGCUGAGUAAGAAGGAGUGUGUGAAGUAUGGCGGCGCCCUGCUGGGGAACGCGUGUAAGUACGUCCCUGACCUGGCCCUCAUAUCUUUUAUCCUGUUCUUCGGCACCUACUCCAUGACCGUCUCCCUCAAGAAGUUCAAGACUAGCCGCUACUUCCCCACCAAGCUGAGGAAGCUGAUCAGUGAUUUCUCCAUCUUCAUGUCAAUCAUGACGUUUGUGGGUCUGGAUAUGCUUGUAGGGCUGGACACACCCAAACUAAUUGUACCCACAGAGUUUCAGCCGACGCGUCCAGACCGUGGCUGGGUGGUGAUGCCGUUUGGUAAGUGCCCGUGGUGGGUAUAUGUGGCCAGCGCCGUCCCUGCUCUCCUGGUCACCAUCCUCAUCUUCAUGGACCAACAGAUCAGCGCCGUCAUCGUCAACCGCAAAGAGAACAAACUCAAGAAAGGUUGUGGGUACCAUCUGGACCUGUUCUGGGUGGGUAUUCUGAUGGCAGUGUGUUCCUUCCUGGGCCUGCCCUGGUACGUGGCUGCUACUGUCAUCUCCAUCGCCCACAUCGACUCUCUGAAGAUGGAGAGUGAGUCCAGCGCCCCAGGAGAGCAGCCCCAGUUCCUGGGAGUCAGGGAGCAGAGGUUGACGGGUAUUCUGGUGUUUGUCUUAACUGGAGUUUCCAUCUUCCUGGCUCCUGUCCUUCAGUACAUCCCCAUGCCUGUUCUCUACGGUGUCUUCCUCUACAUGGGAGUAGCCUCACUCGCAGGAAUACAGUUCUGGGAACGUAUCAAGCUGUACCUGAUGCCAGCCAAGCACCAGCCAGACUUCUCCUUCCUGCGUCACGUUCCUCUGAGGAGGGUCCAUCUCUUCACCCUGGUCCAGAUUAUCUGUCUGGCUGUCCUCUGGACCCUCAAGUCUACCGUAGCUGCCAUCAUCUUCCCUGUCAUGAUCCUGGGUCUGAUGGUGGUGCGUAAGAUGAUGGACCUGAUGUUCUCUCAACACGACCUGGCCUGGCUGGACGACAUCCUGCCGGAGAAGGACAAGAAGAAGGAGAAGGAUGGGAAGAAAAAGAAAGACAACAAAAGGACCAAAGCAGCAGAGCCGGAGAGCGACGAGGAGCCCAAGAGUCCCCUCCCUCCUCCAGUGAAGAUACCCAUGGACACCAUAGACCUGCCUUCAGCACCUGACCCCUCUGUAAGCCCACCCACCCAGCCCCCCGUCUCUCACUGUGAGUAA